AUGGAUGACUCGAAUGUUUUUGUUAUAGGAAAUCACCAAGUCAAAGAGAAGCCUCCACCACGAGUGUGUCCAAGGUGUAGCUCAGACAACACCAAGUUCUGUUUCUACAACAACUACAGCGUGUCUCAACCUCGCUACAACUGCAAGAACUGUCGCAGAUUCUGGACUCAUGGUGGAGCUUUAAGGGACAUACCAAUUGGUGGAAGGGCCCGUAAAAUCAAGCGUACAAGUAUAGAUCAGGCAUCUGUUUCUCAGGUGGUUUCUGUUACCCAACAGGUUAAUCAUCACCAACCUUCCUUACAUGCUCAAGAAACAAACGAAUUUCUUGCAACUUUUGGUGGUUCUUCUUUUUCUUCUGCUGUUGUUAGGAACCCUUUUAGUUCUUUGCAUGAAACUCAUGGUGAUAUGGUGCCUCCAAUUCGAAGUAUUCCACCAAUGGAUCGCUUUGAUCUCUUUGAUGGACCGUUUAACAAAGGUUUUUGCGGUGUUGGAUUCAAUAAUUUGGUUGGUAAUCCUUUGAUGAACCAAUCAACUGGUGGACAUGUUGAUAACUAUAACAGUUACCGCAUGAAGCAAGAGGAUCCAAACAAUCGAAACCAGAGCUUCAACAACAGCAUGAACAUGAAUCAUAAUGGCAGCACUACUGGAAGUAGGGGAUAUCCAGACACUGAUCACAUCAUCAUCAACAAGUGUGAUUUUAGCACCUCUUAUCAGUUGGACAAGGAUGGUCCUUGA